AAAAUGAGCAACACACCCAUCCAGGACCCAGUUGCCCAGGGACUGUCCUCUGGCAGUGGGCAGACAUUACCUUCCCAACCCUUACAGCCCAUCUCUGAUCCCUCAGCUUCUAAACGAGUAUGUUUCUACAAAAGCGGUGACUAUAAAUUCAGUGGGCACCGCAUGGUCAUCAAUGCCCGCACCUUCAAGACAUUUGAUGCUCUACUGGACGCUUUGUCCAAGAAAGUGCCUCUACCCUUUGGAGUGAGGACCAUCACCACUCCUCGCGGGACCCACCUUGUUAAGGGUCUCGAUGACUUAAACGACGGGGGAUCUUAUGUGUGUUCUGAUCAGAAACGGGUGAAGCCGUUAAACUUAGAUGAAGUGAACCGGCGGCAGGUACCGUGGAAUACCACCAGACCCCUCAGCGCAGGGCGACGAAGGCGUCAAGGACUCCAGUUUGGUCAGUUUAGCAGAAGGACUGAAGUCACCAACAGGCCAGCAAAGGUCACCACGAGGGUGGCAGUACGGACACCAAAGAGACUUGUGGUCAUCAAGAAUAGGGAUCCCACUGUUAAACGCACAAUUGUGUUGCAGAGAAGAACUGCACCAACAUUUGACGCUUUGCUGGAUUACCUUUCUCAGAUCCUGCAGUUCCCAGUGCUGAAACUCUACUCUACAGAUGGCAGAAGAGUUGAUGGUCUUGCUACACUUAUCUUGUGCUCUGGAGUUGUUGUGGCAGCUGGGACCGAACCAUUCAGAUUAGCGAACUACAGUUCUCACAGAACGAGCCAGAUGUCACAGGCGAUGUACAUGGAAACUGUGGAGCCAUCUAUGCUGCAGCCCAGAGAUCAGAACAACAAAUCUUUCUCAAGUGGAAGAGGCUCAAGAAACUUCUCCUUAUCAUCUGAGCGAUAUAUUGUAAACCAGAUAAACUCAUCUCGAAAUGGAAGCAUGAACAGCCAACUGCAGAGCCAUAAUGGAUCAUAUGAAGCAGAAGUCAUCCAGCAUCACACAUCCACGGACAAACGUGGAACUGGGAGGGUAGAUAAUGAAGAUCAUACUUGCAUAUUACCUCAGGACGAUGACAUUGAAAAGUCUUUCCGUGUGAAUCAAGAUGGCAGCAUGACUGUAGAAAUGAAAGUGCGUCUGACCCUUAAAGAGGAGGAGAUGCUCCACUGGACUACCACACUGAGCCGCUCCAGCCUUAGCAAGAGGACAGUUUGUGCCUCGAUUUCUGAGUCGGGCAACAGCUCACCUGACUCAAACAAUGCCGUUGCCAAAGACUCCUCUAGCAUCAGUGUGGAUGAAACUAAAGAGGAAAACCAUCCCACUGGAACUGGAAAGGGCAUCGGCUUUAAUGACGAGCAAGUAUACAAGGGCUACACUUCAACAGCUUUGGGAAAAGCAAAAACAAGUUUCAAACGCACUUCUACGCCAGGCCCUCGACAUGUUAAGAAGAAGUCGUCUGUUGAGAGUGUUAAGAUGGUGACAGAGUCAGGGGUGCAAGAGAGCACCCUGGGACAUUAUUCCUACAUGGAGAGGAUGGCCGAUGGUGAGACAACUGAGGGGUACUGUGUUGUCAGACACAGCAGCAGCAGCAACCGGCCAAUCCCAAAGCCUCGGAAAACGGCAUCUGCAGGAGCAAGCAACAAAGGCUCCCACUCCUCCCUCAAGUCGUCAGGAGUAGCUGAGGUCCUUCAGAUACAGAAUAAUGGGAUGGAAGUUACAGAAACUGUGAUGCAUAUCUAUGAGAGUGAAGGCUGCUACGACAACUAUUUUGCAAACGAGGAAUAUAGCGCAGAUGGCGUACCUUUGCAUGGUUCCGCUCUGGCACCAGAUAGCAAACCUUCCACUGAAUCAGGGCCUCGUUCAUCCAGCAAUGACAGUGAUUUUAGCUGGCAGCCACCCACUGCUGACUCACUACAAAGACAGAAAGAGGAGAUGUUAUCAUUGUCAUCGGAGCCGAUAUCUCCAACACAUAUGAUUACAAACAGUCUGUCUUCAGUGACUAAGAUUGACGCCCACACAGCAACAAACUCCCAAACUGAGGAGACUGUAAAAAAUGACAAAAGUGUGAAGAAUAAAAAGAUGAUAAAACCUGCUAGUAAUCACAAGGGUUCGAUUUCAACAAGCAGCUCAGAUAAAAAGCUAAAGGAGAGCAUAAUAAGCCCCCCCAAAAAUAGCAAAUAUUCAUCUACUGACAAGCUCAGCAGCAAUACCAGUGUGGGAAAAAAACAGAGUUUGAGCUCAUCAGAAAGUGUUAAAAGUGCUCAAAAAAGUAAAGGAGCGGAAACGAAAGCAGAAAAGCCCCAAUCUAAGAAAUCAAUUAAAGAUGAGAAGACACCCAGGGAGGACUCAGCCUUAUUACUUAGCACUGAAAACACGAAAAGGACCCCACCUAAGAGACAAACAAUGAAGCAUGGAGUGGCUGCUAAAGACAUUGGCCCUAAUGUAAAUAGUCCAACUGGAAGGCCUCAAAUGAAAAAGAACAUGCCAGUCAUUUUACAACCUAAAAAAUCCCUUCUGCCAGGCAAAAAGACAGUAAGCAAACCUAAAUCCAUGACUGAAAACAGAAUAUCAUCAUCUAAAAAAUCUUUACAGUUAAGUGAGAGUGUUUCAAUGCCUUCCCUGAAUCCUACUCCCUCUGAAAUCCACCAAUACGUUGAGAACUGGUUGGAGACAGUCAGCCAAGACCAGGUGCCAUACACUGAGGACAACCCAGACAAAUCAGAACUUCCAUCACAGGUUGUUUUUCAGAUAGGUGGUGGGUCUGAAUCAGAUGAAAAGAGCGAAUGUCAGACUAAUUCAGAUGAAAAUGUCCCAUUGUCUGGUGAUGCUGUCAAGAAAUCUGCUUCUUGUUUAUCAGUUCCUCAUUACCAUGAACGGCCAGAAACAUCUUUGCUGUACAAUGAACAGAAAACAAGAGGUUUAUGUGUUUCAAUGCCAAGUGUCAGGGUUGAUCCUGUACAACAGGAAAACAAACUGAGGGCACAUAAGUCUGCAGAGGUCAUCGGUCCAACUGCCAGUGAAUCAACUUCAUCUACGUCCAACAUUUUAAGUCCCAAAGCACAGAUAAAACCUGUCCUGCAGAAACUUUGUUCAUCGAUCCAGUGCAUCAGAAGGGCGUCCGACACCAACACAACAUCCAAUCUCGAGAAGUCCAACAGCCUUCCUGAUUUCUCAACACAAGUAGCUUCAGUGUUCGGAUCGUCAUGCAAAGCAUUUCUGUCAUUCUUGUCAGUGAUGACUCUGAGAGAUAGCCUAACAGACUCUGCGCCAGGAGACGAUAACCAAUCAAGAAGCGACUCCGAGGCCAUGCUAAUAAUGGAAUCCCUGCAGAAGAUUUCUGCCAUGGAGAACGAGGAAGAGCAGAGGGCAAGUCUGACAGAUCUGCGAAGCAGCGCAUCUUCUAACUUUAGGGAACGUUGGAAGGAUUUCCAGAUUUUGAGGGAAAGGCUUGAAAGUGAACCACUUUCUCCUAAAGUUUCAGAAACUGAGUUUGCCCUGGAUGUUGUAUCCGAAGGAGGUGAUGUAUUUGAGGAUCAGCAUCUGGGUAUUGAUGAGCUGAUGGAGGAGCUGAACAUGCCGCCGGACCUCAGAGCUGAAAUUUCUUCAACAAUCCAACAAGCUAGAGGUUUUUACCCUGUGGAUGAGAGCACUUUCAUAGAAACUGAAAAAAACCAGUCCGAUACAGAGGAAGAUGUGGAAAAAUUUAUCGAUGAAUGCAAUGAUGAAAUAAAAAAGUCAACAGAUCAUGAAACUUCCUACAUAGUUGAGGACAUUACUGAAAAAUACCAGGAUAAUGAUGAUGGAGAUAUAGAUGACUUAAAUAAAAUGAAACCGGUAUAUCCUGAACAUGCAAAGAUGAUGAGAGAGUCAGAGCAAGAACCUGAUGAAAUAAAUGAUGAUGGUAAUGACCUUGAAAACACAGGAGAAGAAAGGGAGGCAGAAACAAAAGAGGAGGCAGCGAAGGAAGAUGAUGAAGGGCAGGAUGAAUGGGAAGCAGAGAAAGGAAGUGACAAGGAAUCUGUUGAGAAAGUAGAGGAAGGGACAGGGGAGGAGAUGACAGCAGAUGAGGAGGAGGAAUGGGAGAAAUUGGAGGAAAGAGAGAAAGAAGUGGUUGAGGAGACAGAGAAGGGAAUAAUGGAUGAAGAAACAAGAGAAGAUGACAAUGUUGAAGAGAUGGAUGAGAUAGAGGGUGUUGAGGAGACAGAGGAGGAAGAGAAGGGGAAGGAUGAGUUUGAAGAAGAAGCAGAUGAGGAAGGUGGCGAUGAGCAAAAAGAAGCGGAGGAGACUGAGGAAGAAGCAGAUAAGGUUGUUGAGGAGACAGAUGAAAAUACUGACGAGCAGGAGAAAGAAGAGAGGGAGGAGACGGCAGAAGAAGUGGUUACUGAGAAUGAUGUAGAUGAAGAAGUGGAGGAGGAGGAAGAGGAGUUAGAAAACAUCACUGAUGAGUUGGAGGAGAAAGAAGUGGACGUGGUUACUGACAAGGAUGUAGAAGAAGAAGCAGAGGAAAUUAUUGAGGAGACAGAUGAGGAAGACGAGGCAGAAAAUAUAAAUGAAGAGGUAGACGAGGAGGAGCAGGAGGAAGAAGAAGAAAUGGAUGUGGUUAUUGAAGAAAGUAAUGAGGAAGAGGACAGAAUGGAGGUAAUUAGUGAGGAAAACGAUGAUGAGGAAGAGGAGGAUGGUGAUGCUGAAGUCAAAAAUACGGAAAAAAGCUUAGCUAGGGUGAUCACAGAUGAGGAGGAGGAAGAAGACGAAGAAGAAGAAACUGAUAAGGAUACAGAAGAGGAAGAAAAGUACGAUGAAAGGAGUAGAAAAGAGCUUGAGAAAAUUCAAAAUAGUAUGGAGGAAGAAUCAGUUGAAGCUAAAGAGGUAGAGGAGUUGGAGAUUGAAGAAAAUAUGGAAGCAGGGCAGACAUUAGCUGAAGAGGAGAGGGAAGAUGAUGAAGAAAAUGAGCUGAACGAGGGCUUAGACCAGGUGGAAAAACAAGAAUCAAAAGACGAGGUAGAAGAAGGAAAUAUUACUGAAGAUGUAGACAGUUUUGAUGAUGACAAGGAUUUUCGAAAACUCCCAGAAGAGGCCUCCUAUUUGAAGCAGCACAGUGGCAGUCGUGAAGAAACAAAUUCAGAACAUAACACUGAAUCACCAACAAAAUAUUCCCCUGAGGGGCAGUGUGAGAAUGAUAAAUGUGAUGGAACAGACACUGUUCAUGAACUUGAAACGGACGAGGGAGGGGAGCUUCAUGAGGAAAGAAGAAUCAGCCUACAACAUCCAGUGGAAAUAUCACAGGAGUUACUUGACUUUGUUAACUUUGCCCUACAGUCCUCUUCACUUAUAUUCACAUAUGACGACCUGGGAAACAUUAGGAUAGAGCCGGACAGUGCUCGAGUUGUACAAACUAAGCAAACCGUUAUUCCAAGAAGUAGAAAGGAUAGUUCCUAUGGUUUAAAAUGUCUCCCGAGCCCGAGCACCUCCGAUUUAUCUGAUUACAGGCCGGAAACUUCAGAGAGUGGUGGAUAUAAAACUCAGGAGUCUUUAGAUAUUGUCACAGAGAGCGGAGAGGAGGCCUCAGAGAGACCUUUCCCAGUCUACAGACAUAAGACUGAUAUCCCUAAACCCAAACUGUCUCUUGCAAGUGAUUCAGAAGUCUUGCAAAGUCCCGGAUUAAAAAGUGCAGAGAGUUUCUCUUCCUAUGAUUCGGGCACUAAAGUCUCAAGGGAGGAUCUGUCUUAUUACAGUGCUGCAAGCUCAUUAAAGGCAGACGCUGACGCUGCACCAGAGGCCGCGCAAUGCAUUUCUUUCACCUCAGAAAAGGACAAAACGGAUGGGGUUUUGAUUGAUCAAGGAAGGUGGCUGCUCAAGGAGAACCACCUUAUAAGAAAAUCUCCUCCAAUCUCCCUGGGAAUGUACAGUAAUGUGGAAAGCACCUCCAUUGAUACAGGUCAGGAGAACAAUAGCGAGGAUUCACCGCUUCAUUAUAAAACCCAGCCCAACCCCCUUGUAGCCCUAUCCUCAUCAGAACUUGAGGAGAUGGCGAAGCCUCAAACUCCAAAGUGCAUCUACUACAACAUGCCACAUGGAAGUGACUCUGACCCCUUUUUGGACAAUUCCAGUAUCCAAAGUGGGAAAAAGGAUACAAGCAGUGUCAAGGGGAGAGGUUUCAGGGUCUCACCUACUAUUGAUACUUCCAAAACUUGGUCAAAGAAAAAUGGUAGUCUGUCUUCAUUUGCAUCGGUUGAGUUUAAAAUGCCAGAUGGGAAAGUGCAUCCUGAGGGGGAGUCCACAGCUGUGACACAGGCAAGAAGGACAUCUAGUGGAGGAGGGAGUGUACUGCAAUCACAAGACUCCCUGGACACACUGCACGUGAGAUGUGGAAAAUACUGUCCCAUACUAUGAACGCAGGACAUUGUAUGCCAUAGAAAU